GUCGUAAAGUCCAUCGUCAUCAUGCAUCGCGGAGAUCGAUGUGCCGUGUGCAGUCGACAGACGCAAGUAAGCGGCCAGCCGCUCCUUCGAUGCAGUCGCUGCCACAUGAUCCGGUACUGUGGUCGAGAGCAUCAAAUGCAGCACUUUACGACGCACAAGACGCGGUGCUGCGCCGUGAAAAAGGCAGUCGAUGCCGCGGCUCAUGCCAAGGAGGACCUCCUCGCAGUCCAAGGCCUCGACAUCUUCCGCGUGGGUCAAUUCUGGGGCAUGUACGAGACGCGACCCUACAUGCUUUCCCUUGCGUCCCAGAUCGAAGCGUUGGAACACAUGGGCACAGACUCGUCCCUUCGCGCAGCGAUCGACGUGCUGUUUGAAUGCCUUCGUCUCAACCGUAGCGACAAUAUGGGCCUCCGCGACGUCGCUCCAGGUAUUCUCCUUCGUCUGGGCGAAGACCAGCAUGCAUACGACUUUGUCCGGUGGUGGGCCCAAGAUCGACCAACCUUUGAGUGGGAGAACACGUCGCUGCCGUACCUCGACACCCGUGGUGCCGACGCCACCGAGUCCGUUGAACACGCCAACUUCCUCAGUCCUUUUGGCGGUCCGUCCCUGCAGCAUUUGGUCGCACUUGUUCUCGUGAAGCUUCGAGUCCGAGACGACAUCGAAGCGCGUGGUUGCUUCCGCCUUAUGCUCGCCGGAACCUUACGGGGGAGUUCGCCUCUUCGUCAGCUGAGAGGGCAUAUUCCGGCUCUCCGAAUGAUCGAAGCGUUCACAGCCACCCGUUCGUCAGCCACCCCUGGUCCUGUCUUCGGACAGAAUGAAGCCACCAUUGCUACGAUGGGUCAGUGCGCGACUCGUGUAGCCUGUCUAGACCACCAGAUCUCGAGACUACUCCUGCAUGCAGAGCGACGAAAUCCACGCAUAUGGAAAGCUAUGGUGAACCCCAUCUCCAUCCUUUCGGUUCCAGAUCCGCGAGACUGCGCCGUCGGGGACGAGAACGAUGCGAAGAAAGCUGUGGAGCGUCUGUUGCCAGCAUACCGCGCAACUCCACGAGCUCUCGCCCGACUUGUCGCGCACGUGGGCAGCCCUUCAUCGUCAUUGUACGACCCUGUUCCCAAACCAAGCAAGUAUCCGUCUUAAGCUUGUACUGUAGUAUUAAUGUCCAACGUAGUAAUAUCGUUACCAGUACUACCG